AUCAACAGCCAAUGAUCACACAGACAGACACCUAGAAGGAAUGCGUGCGACCAAACAUUAGCACAGUCCGAAAGCUGGGAUGAAAUAUAGUUUAUGGGAUACGCACGAACCAUUGUGUUCUUUGAGCAUUGAAAUUCGGUGGUUACGAAAGCGACGGUGAUGCAUUGAAAACUAACGACAGCUCCCUGGAAGCUUUGAACAGCACGCCAACGACAGACAGAGUUUCGCUUUGGAUAGUUAUCUAUGAACAGAUUCUUUGAUUCACCAUUUGUGAUGAAUGGCACAUCUAUGAGAAACCCAUACAGAUAUUCUCAACCAGACUUCAACAAUGAACCAAUGGGAUGAUGCCUGUCUCUUGGACCACUCUGGAAGAUACUGUGGGAGUAGAUUCAUCUUUGGGGAUGAAAAAGCCUGUUUGAACUAUUUAUUGAUGCUUUAGCCGAAACGACCCGAAUAUCCAAUGUGUUCAGAUACUUGUUUGCGCCAAUGGAAUAUGUUAUUAAUGGGAAAAGGUGCCAAGGCAGUUUGGACUUUUUUUUAGGGGGUAACACUUCCUGUAAGUAGACAUCACAUUUUAUUCAAUGAUUUGUAGAGGAGCUUUUUAGCCUUAGUGUCAUCGCAUGGUGCUGCUAAUUCCUCAGUGAUGCUGCGUGGUCCAGACAUGGUGCUGCUAAUUCCUCAGUGAUGCUGCGUGGUCCAGACAUGCUGAAGAGCCGCUGCUUCGUCCUAUUUGGUGACCUGAAGGGGCUGUUACUCCGGCCCCCGUCUCCGGUAUCGGUAUUGAUCCCCAUGACCGGACACGGACCGGACAGCCAUGGGGUCCCUUCAGACGUCAGUGGACCGGACAACAGCACGUUAACGGCCCAUCUGGGUCCGGGGGACAUACGGACUGCCCCGCCACCGGGGGGUGCCAGCGGGCCGGAGAGAGACAGACUGGCGGGGGGCUCAGGCUGGGUUGAUGCGGCAGAGCCAUCGGGGGUAUUACACCGCAGCAGCUCCUCUGAUAGCUGGGCUAAGGACAAGCUGGAUCAGAGGUUCUCCUUGUGCAGUUAUAGUGAGAGUGGCAGCCUCAGGACACCUGUCUGCAGGAUCUGCUUCCAGGGACCUGAAACGGGGGAGCUGCUGAGCCCAUGUCGCUGCAGUGGGUCGGUCCGCUGUAUCCACCAGCCCUGCCUCAUCAAGUGGAUCAGUCAGAGAGGAUCCUGGGCCUGUGAACUCUGCUACUACAAGUACCAGGUCAUCAGCAUCAGCACCAGGAACCCGCUACAGUGGCAGUCCAUCUCCCUGGCGGUGAUAGAGAAGGUUCAGAUAGCUGCAGCGGUUCUGGGGUCUAUGUUCCUGGUGGCCAGUCUGUCCUGGCUGGUCUGGUCCUCCUUCAGCCCCUCGGCACGCUGGCAGAGACAUGACCUGCUUUUCCAGAUCUGCUACGGCAUGUACGGAUUCAUGGACAUCGUCUGCUUCGCUCUAAUCAUCCACGAAGGACCUUCAGUGUUCCGUAUCUUUAACCGGUGGCAGGCUGUCAACCAGCAGUGGAAGGUUCUCAACUACGACAAGACCACUGACAGUGAGAACCUGAAGACAGUAGCCACAGUGCGGACUCUCUCUCAGCCUCAGUCUAGCCAGAGAAACCAGCCUGGGACGGGAUUAGGACCCUCCUCUGCCACCUCCCCUCUCGCUGCUGCCACCACAGCACCGGAUUUAGCUACAGCAUCACCAGCCACAGGGAUUGGGCUGGUCACACAGGGUUCCAGUGAGCAGGCCAUGGGGACAGCUGGACCAGACCAACACUGUGCUGCCUACAAUAUCCUCCACCUUCUCAGCCACCUGAGGCAGCCAGAGGCCCACGGCUACCCCAGCCACAGCACCCGGGAGCUGGUCAUGAGAGUCACUACAGUCUGAGGCUCUGACUGAGGCCUUGUCAAGGAGAGAUUUGACAUUGAAAUAGAAGGACUUGGUCUAAAAUGAACCAACAAUGUUUAAAAUGCACCGUUGAUGACCUUAAAGACAGUGUGUGUGAUUUCCCCUGUGUGGUAAAACUCAUUCUGAUUGGCUGAGCUCCCCGGUGGGUGGGCCUAUGCCCUCCCUGACCCACCCAUUGCCGAGCCCCUGCCCAGUCAUGUGAAAUCCAUAGAUUAGGGACUAAAACAUUUAUUUCAAUUGACUGAUUUCCUGAUAUGAAGUGUAACUCAGUAAACUCUUUGAAAUUGUUGCAUGUUAGCUUUCCUAUUUUUGUUCAGUUUAUUAGACUGGAGUGGAUGAUGUUACGUUCCCCAGUUUAUGUGUUGUAGUUUGUGUAUUUGCAUGUGUUUAUUUCAGGAAAUGGCUUCCUGAAAUCCCUCAAGCAGCUGAUUGGUCGACUCCAGGGCUAAUUGGAGAGCUGACCCCGCCCCCUCGUCAAGACGCAGCUGUCUCCAAUUACACAUUCAAUCUGAAGCUAUAUAAAAGCGAGUGUUCUGUUCAGGAGGUUCAUUGCAGGGAGGUCAUUGCAGGGAGGUCAUUGCAGAGAGGUCAUUGCAGAGAGGUCAUUGCAGAGAGGUCAUUGCAGAGAGGUCAUUGCAGAGAGGUCAUUGCAGAGAGAUUGAAUGUGAUAGAGAAUCAUUGCUGAGAGAGGAGGCUGAUGGCUGUGGAUAAUUUACUAUGUUAGUUGUUGGUAGCGUUGUAGAGUAGACUUGGUAUGUUCUGUGAGUUUGUUGCUCAGAUAGAGCUUAUUUGAUGUCCUUUGUUUCUUAGUUUGUUUGAGAAAUUAUUUGUUCUCCUGUUUCAUUUGUUCCCAGGGGGGAAGGGGAAGGCACCUAGGGAGUGCUUAGGCAAGAGGCCCGCGGGCAUACAUAUACCCGUAGCAUAUUCACUGUCUAGGCACAAUAGGUAAGACCUGGGCGGACCACCCACUGUAUUUUGGUUAGGGCACCAGGUGGUGCUAAAUUAGGUAAGUAGUGGGUAGGCAGGUAAGAUAGGAGAGGGGGGGGGCUUUGAGAUUUACUUUCUUUGCUUUGGUUCCGUCCAGCCCCUUUUCCCCAUAUUACCGUGUAAAGGAAUAAAGUCCUUGUAAACGGUA